AUGCAGAACCAACCCCUGGAAGUUGUUGUGGUUUCCAGUCAAGAAGGGCUUCCUCAGAAAAGCCCAGCACCAUCCUCGGACGAAGGCCUACAUCUUUACAAGAGACUACGGAGCGAUUCACCAUUUUCCUCCAAGGAGUGGGAAGAAUAUCCAUCGCCAAACAGGACUCGUUUGGUUGUGUCGGUGACUUCUGCCGAGGAGUCAGCUCAUCAUUUGCUGGAAACAGAACGGAUACAACCAGAGACAGAAACCUUAAAGCUAAGACCUCAGGAAGAUCCAUCUCCACAGUUUGUUCCAUCUUUGACCCAGUCCCAGUCCACAAUCCUGUGCAAGAAGAAAGCUGGCCAGAGACAAUGCAAGGCUUCUUAUAAUCCUGAUGACUUUACUUCCGAUGAGCUGGAUCCAUUGUAUGAGUGGCCAAAGAAAUCUUCUUCAGUUGAUAAACGUGAUUUGGAUGUGAUUUCUCUCUUAAGAAGUAUUUUGGUUCUGUUUCCUUUGGGUUUGCGCUUGGAAAAACUGGAGAUGAUGCUGUGGAAGGAGCAUGAGGUCAAGCUGUGCAAGAUCAGCAUGGAAUAUGGCUACAGAGACAGCCUCAGGUUCUUACAGGCCAUGCCUUGGAUCAGGACUAAGCUCUCGAGUAAGGGAACUUCUCGGUGGCUUGUGCAGUGGGACCCAGCUACUUCCUGUUGACUCUGGCAGACGUAGGAAGGAAGGAACAGAGGCACUCAAGGAACCCAGGUUUUGUUUCACUAUUGUAAGGUUCCUGAAGGUUGUGAAAAUAGUUAGUUCCAGCCUUGCAGGGGUCAGUCGGCUUUGCACUUAGUUGGCUUAGUCUAGACAAGCCCUUCCAAAACAAGAUCACUUUGGGGAUGUGCUGGGUAGGCUGUUCUGAUUCAUUCAAACUUGGAUGUGAUGCUGCAGAAAAUGGUUGCCUUUAGGAAUCCAGCCUCUAGAGGGCACAACAUCCAUAUUUUUGUAUGCUUGUUCCCCCCACUUUCCAAUGCACAAAGGAUUUAUUUGGUAUGUUAAUAAGCCUGGUGUUAAUAGCUAAUGCAGGAGAGUAUUUAAAAAGAGCUUUACAUAUGGAUUUUCAGCACUGGAGCAUGCUAACCAUUUAUUUGAUGAGAGUGAAGGAAUUGUAGAAACCUACAUAAUUCUAGCAUUUCCUUUUAAAAAUAUUUAACUGCUGCUUUGUAAAUGUGUCUUGGGGCCUAUGGAUUUUCUUCAGAGCUCUUUGGUCACCACUAGAAGGAUAAUGGCACCUCAUCACUGACAUUGUCAUUGCCACUAGCCAAUUCACAGGCACCUGUGUGAGAACUGUAUAAUUCUGGUCUGAACUGUGUACACUCCUUAUAAUACAUACAGUAACUGGU